AUGUUUGAGUUUUCUGGACUAUCCGAUGAUAAAAAACUUAGCAAAUUUCUCUUCAUUUUCUUUUUAUUGGUGUACAUGAUGACCAUUGUGGGAAACUUGGCUAUAAUAGCCCUUGUCUAUGCCUUCUCCAGCCUUCACACCCCAAUGUACUUCUUCCUGAGUAGCCUCUCUUUAGUAGACAUUUUUUACUCCUCAGUUAUUACUCCAAAUAUGUUGAUUAACUUCCUUUCCACUAAGAAGUCCAUUUCAUUUGUUGGUUGCGCCCUUCAGCUUUAUUUAUUUUGUGCAUUCGCAAGCACUGAGACCCUUCUCCUCUCUACCAUGUCGUAUGACCGUUAUGUGGCUAUCUGCCACCCUCUCCAUUACGCACUAAUAAUAACCAAGAAGAAAUGUUUUUGUUUGGUACUUUAUUCUUCCUUAAUUUGUUUCUUGCAGUCAAUUGCACAUACCAGUUGUGUGUUUAGUCUUCCAUUCUGUGGAUCAAACCUUAUUGACCAUUUCUACUGUGACAUCCCACCACUGUUGACACUAUCCUGCUCCAGCACUUUCCAUUGCUAUCUGGUAACUGGCACCCUUGUAAUAGCCUAUGGAGUAUAUACAUUCGUGUCAAUCUUCCUGUCAUACACUUUUAUAUUUCUUUCAAUUUUUAAGAUAAAAUCCACUAAGGGCAGACAGAAGGCCUUCAGUACAUGCUCCUCACAUAUUAUUACUGUCUCCAUUUUCUUCACAGCUGUUUUCUUCACCUAUCUUCAUCCUCAUUCAGGGGUCUUAAAAAUACAAGACAAAGUGACCUCUGUCUUCUUUACAGUAGUUACUCCAAUGCUAAAUCCGCUUAUCUACAGCCUAAGGAACCAAGAGGUGAAGAAAUUCCUUGCCCAAGCAAAGCAAAAAAUCAUGCUUAGAUUUAUAGUAUAG